UGUCUGGACUCUUCCUGUGAUUUCAGGUUCCAGCAGGGUGACUACCACAUUGAUGUCUGCAUCAAUGACUACCUGGAUGUGUUCUGCCCUCACUAUGAAGACUCAGUGCCAGAAGAUAAGACCGAACGCUAUGUUCUGUACAUGGUGAACUUUGAUGGCUACAGCUCCUGUGAUCACACCUCCAAAGGGUUCAAGAGGUGGGAGUGUAAUCGGCCACAUUCCCCAAAUGGACCAUUGAAGUUCUCAGAAAAGUUCCAGCUGUUCACGCCUUUCUCACUAGGAUUUGAGUUCAGGCCAGGCCGGGAAUAUUUCUACAUCUCUUCUGCAAUUCCAGAUAAUGGAAGGAGAUCCUGUCUAAAGCUUAAAGUUUUUGUGCGACCAGCAAACAGCUGUAUGAAAACUAUAGGUGUUCAUGAUCGUGUUUUCGAUGUUAACGACAAAGUAGAAAAUUCAUUAGAACCAGCAGAUGAUACCGUACACGAGUCAGCCGAGCCAUCCCGUGGCGAGAACGCGGCACAGACACCAAGGAUACCCAGCCGGCUUCUGGCAACUCUCGUGUUCCUCCUGGCAGUGCUUUUGAUAUUAUAGCACAGUAUGCUCCGGCAGCCUGUCGCAGAAAAUAUCAGGGUCUUGGAACAUCAAAGAUCCACCUAACUGCUCAUCCCAGGAAAGGGACUUUAUUGUUUUUGCAGAUGUCAAAUUGUUAUUUUUCCCUUUUC